AUUGAUUCGAUCAGUUCAGUUCAAUUCAAUUCAUUCAUUAAAUCGAUCACCGUUGGACGACAUCGCAAAGUGAUUGUGUUCAUCAUGUAUUCGAGAAAAUUGUCUUGCUUGCUGGUCAUUUUGGCUGUGCAUUUAACAUUGACCAAUGCACAAUUCGGUAGGCCUGGAUUUGGUGGUGGAUUUGGCGGUGGAUUCGGUAGCGGCUUUAGUGCAGCUGGAGGUGGUGCCAAUUUUGCCAAUCAAAAUACCAAUUUUAAUCAGAACACCAACACCGCUUUCGGCACGAUUGCAUCAUUUGGAAGACGUGGAAGUAGCACCAAUUUCCAACAAUCAAGCAACCAAGGAGGAAUCGGUGGCUUUGGUAUCAAUAGUGGCGGUUUUGGUGGUUUCAGAGAGGACGAAAAUGAUUUGGAAAAAGAGGAAAUGGAAAUGAGAUAUGCGACACCCUAUGAUACUCCUGUAUAUGUGCCCAAGAAAGCAGCUGGCUAUCCACCAAAAGCGUAUCCGGCUCCAGCACCGGCCCCGUAUGUAGUUCCAAAAACUUACGCUUCGCCUCCACCAGCACCUGUUCAAUGCCCACAAAAUCUAUUGAUCGGUUGUGCCCCACAAGUUCAAUACGUACCAUGUGCACCACCACCACCACCACCUCCACCAUAUGGCGCAUACUGAAGCGAUUAAUUCCAGAACAACUAGAUCUGACACCUGCAUUGAAUUUAUUGAAACGUUGCAACGCAUUUAGAUUUAGUCGAAUGUUUUUAUACUUAAAUUUUAUUGAAUAAAAUCGAAAUUUUUAGCAGAGCAUCA